AUGUCUACUUCAAUUCCUCUAUUUACCCUUAAUAAUAAUGUUCAAAUUCCUGCUCUUGGAUUGGGAACGUUUCGUGCAAAAAAUUGUGAAGUACUUGAUGUAGCAAUCAAAACUGCAGCUUUAACAGGCUACAGACUUAUAGGACUUAAACCAGAAGAUCCUAUGAAUGAAACCAACCGUCAAGGAAGUUGGGAAGCGUUAGAAAAAUUAUAUUCUGAAGGCAAAGUUAGAUCAAUUGGAGUAUGCAACUAUACAAAAAAACAUCUUACGCAUCUAUUAGCUAAUUGUAAAGUUGUACCAGCAGUACAUCAAUUUGAGUUGCACCCGUUGUUGUAUCAAGAUGAGCAAAAAGAAAUAAUUGAAUUGACUAAAAAGCAUAAUAUCAGGGUAGAAGCCUAUUCGAGUUUAGGAGAGGGACAAUUGGUAAAUGGAAAAAUCAAAAUACCCAUUAUUAAAGAAAUUGCUGAUAAACAUAAGGUUACUGAGGCACAAGUCUUGUUGAGAUGGGGAUAUCAACAUGAUGCUAUUGUUAUACCUAAAUCUGUUACACCUGAAAGAAUUAAAGUUAAUUCUGAAAUAUUUCAUUUUGAAUUAUCAAAGGAGGAUAUGGAAUCAUUGAAUGCGUUGAGUAAAACAAGAAAAAAACGUUUUUGCUGGGAUCCUACUAAUAUUUAUUAA